AUGAAGGCUUGUAAAAGGUACGUGCUCGUGCUCGUUACGUUUAUUUCUUUAAUUCGUAAUACAUCCACUUCAGUGACUCAUUAUUCAAUACCAGAGGAGAUGAAAGAAGGAUCAGUUGUAGCAAAUCUUGCCACGGAUCUCAGUCUGGAUAUUAAAACACUGAACCAGAGGAAGAUGCGUCUUGACAUCAUUACGAACAAGAAAUAUCUGGAUGUGAACAAAGAGACCGGUGAACUAUAUAUUGUUGAGAAGAUUGACAGAGAAAAUAUCUGUAAUACAAAGUCAUCAGCAUCUUGUUAUCUCAGACUGGAAAUAACACUAGAAAACCCUGUACGAAUUUUUAACAUAGAAGUAGAAAUUUUAGAUAUGAAUGACAACGCCCCGCAGUUUCGGAGGGACAUCAUUCAUUUAGAUAUAUCUGAAGCCACGUCCAAAGGAGAGAGGUUCUCUCUCAGUAAUGCAGUUGAUCCUGAUGUCGGAAUCAAUUCAGUAAAAUCAUAUCAUUUAAGUGAAAGUGAACAUUUUUCAAUCGAAGUCCAGACUGGCAGAGAAGGGUCCAAAUUUACCGAAUUAAUAUUGAAAACGGCCUUAGAUCGAGAGCAGCAAUCAGUUCAUAAUUUGAUACUCACAGCUGUAGAUGGAGGAACACCCGCUCGUUCUGGGACUGCAAGUGUUAUUGUGCGUGUUUUGGACACAAAUGACAACGCUCCUACUUUUAACAAAGUUAAUUAUAAAAUACAUAUAAUGGAAAACUCUCCCAUCGGAAGCCUCGUUAUUGAUCUAAAUGCAACAGAUUUAGAUGAGGGAUCAAAUUCAGAUGUAACCUACUCAUAUAGUUUAUAUACAUCCGAGAAAACCCAAGACACAUUUAAACUGAAUCCUUCCACUGGGGAAAUUACUAUUAAAGGAAUGCUAAAUUAUGAGGACUUCAGGAUUUAUGAUAUGGAAGUUAUAGCAACUGAUAAAGGAGCAACUGCAUUAUCGGGACAAUGUAGUAUACAAAUUCUGGUUGAAGACAUGAAUGAUAACCAUCCAGAAAUAUCAAUUAAAUCAUUUCAUAGUCCGGUAAAUGAAAACAUAGCAUUAGACACAGUGAUCGCUGUAGUCAGUGUAAGUGAUAAAGACUCAGGUGAUAAUGGAGUUGUUGAUCUUCAUAUUCCAGAUAAUAUGCCUUUCACACUGAGGGAGUCCUCUGAUAACUAUUAUGAGUUAGUAGUGUCAGAGCCUUUAGACCGUGAGAAGGUUCCAGAAUAUGACAUCACUUUCACUGUGACAGACAGAGGUUCUCCUCCUUUAUCUGACAAUGAAACUAUGACGUUAGAACUGCUGGAUGUUAAUGACAAUGUUCCACAGUUCCCUCAGUCGUUUUAUACAAUACGCGUAAUGGAGAAUAACGCACCUGGAGCCUUGCUCAGUUCCCUCACUGCGUUUGACCCUGACCUCCAUGAAAACCAGUAUCUAGUCUAUUUCAUCCUGGAGAAGGAGAUAGCCAACACCUCCAUGUCCAUGCUGUUCUCCAUCAAUCCAGAGAACGGUAAUCUUUACGCACUAAAAACCUUUGACUAUGAGAUCGAGAAUGAGUUUCUUUUCCACAUCGAGGCCAGAGACUCUGGCUCUCCUCCGCUCAGCAGCAACGUGACGGUCCACAUCAUUAUAGUGGACCAGAACGACAACGCUCCGGUCAUUGUCUCUCCGUGGCGCGCGCAGGGCUCAGUGGUGGAGGAAACGAUCCCCAGAUCCACCGACAAAGGCUCUCUGGUUGCCAAGGUGAUAGCUUUAGACACCGACUCGGUGCACAACUCUCGGAUUACCUACCAGUUUCUACAAGUGACCGACGCCACCUUGUUCAGUCUGGAUCAAUACAACGGGGAGAUCCGGACUAUGAGGAUGUUCAGUUACAGAGACCCGCGUCACCAGCGCCUGGUUGUUGUUGCCAAGGACAACGGGGAGCCCGCCCUCUCUGCUACAGUCACCAUCAAGCUGUCCACAUUGGAGACCGCCGUUAAUAAGGCCUACUCUGACAUGACUGAGGUGCCUCUGGAAUACGACAUCUUCUCAGACCUGAACCUGUACUUGGUCAUCGGUCUGGGCUCGGUGUCGUUUCUCCUGCUGAUCACCAUACUGGUCACCAUCGUGCUCAAGUGUCAGAAACCCAAACCCAGCAAAGCGGCUCCUCCGUGCAGGAACAGUGUGCUCAGUGAGAGGAACUCCACCAUCGCAGACUCCACUCUGGUCUCCAACGAUGCGUACUGGUACAGUAUGUUUCUAGCAGAGACCAGGAAAGGAAAGAUGGUGGUUAGACAGCCUGUGCCGAAGGGCUCCAGAUACAUCGUGUCCAGUAUACCACGAGGCACAGGACUGACAGACACUAGUGACUCAGCAGCUUCCACUCUGCAGGUGAGUCUAAUUUAAACACACGUGUUUUAAUAUUCUUGAUUCAUGAAUAUAUUGGGACAUUUUUUCUGAAAAUGUCACUGUAUUUGACUUCAAAACGCUUAGUUAAGUGUCUCAUAAUUAGUGUGAAUAAUUGAUUUUUCUGAUCAGCAAAAAAACCAUUUAAAUUAACUAUGAUGCCAGCAAUUAAAAAAUAUAUCGUAUAAAACAAAAUGAUUAUUUUUAAUCCAAACGGUGGUGCUGUUCGGUCGGUAAAAAACCAGCAGCCCAUAAACUCUGCGUCAGUGAAUCGUUUUCAUGAGGACAGAUCGUUAAACCAAUGAAGAAAUCCGUGGUGCAGAAUCUCUAGGAAGUGUUGAUAUAUUCUUUGGAUCCAAAUUGUGAGAAUAUGCUUCGGAUAAAGGACUUUGCAGCGAUAUUAAAUAUUCCUGGAAACGUUUUUCUUUGCCUUUGAGGUGCAGCAAUCCCGCUCUUAACGGAGUCUUUUUCAACAAUGCCGUCUUGUAAAGGGCAUCCAGCAGCAGCGGCAGCAGUUCCACAUAAGGCCCGAUCUGAAGCUGUGUCCUCGUUUGGAUCUGAUAGGAAAGCUUCCCGGAUGAUAGAAGAGACCCCUUCUCGCGAAUGGCCCCACGUCCACCCCGCUCCGCCUGACCCUUGCUUCUCACAAUGUGUAGUUGUAAUGCCAGAACACCAAAUGGACUGCGGUGGCUAAUUAAGGACAAAGCCCUCUCCCUUAUCUUUCUUUAAGCACAUAAAAAGCCAAUCAACAAUCUAUUUUCACCGUUCAAUAUGCACGACAAGACUGCAUGACUUCAGCGUCACUCCAAAAAAGUACAUUGAAAAAAAAAGAAAUCAAGAGGAGAUACUGGAAAGGUUUUGAAUUUGCAACUUGAAUUAGCAAAUUAAAUAAGCCUCAACAAGGACUACCAGACUGGACACGGACAUGUUGAAAUGCCUUUAAGAGAUCGAUUUCCUCUUUAUAAAUGAAAGACAUUGUUGAUUACAUUAACCUCUGUGCUUUGGCUCGGCCCAUAACAGCAUCAAUCUAUAAUAAACAAGUUAAAGUGACAGCACAAAAAACUAAAUGUCAGAAGAGCACCAACAUAUAAUUGUGUGUGAAACAAAAAAUCUGUAUUUUAUAGCUGUGGUAGCUUUUAGUAGUUUUGUGAUUUGUACUUGACGUAGUGCUUUGUAUGUAAGCUAGGGCUAAACAUGAACGUGAUUCAAACAGACUAAAUUGAGGCCUUCAGCCACUAUGUAUCUGCCUUUCACUUGUUUGUGCAUGGGAUAAUCAAGUACUUUGAUAGCUUAAGAUGUUUUAUUAUGUCGAGCAAUCCAUUUUCUGUAGUUCUGUAGGCCUCUCUGUUUAGUCAUUUUCGAAACAAUGGUGAGAACACAAUGAAGAAGUGCAACAGCGUAUUACUUUUUCGUGGAUCAUUUGACAUACUGUGAGCGUUACGUUCACUUGGACAUUAUCAGAGAAUAGAGGGUUGAAAUGAUCACAAGUGCAUGCUGCGAGUGUUUGAGAACGAGCUGAUUGAUGUCUACUCAUGACUGCUGAUAAAUAUAUCACAAACAUGACCAUGUACUUUUACCUUUUCAUUUACAAAGCCAAACUCUGAAUGCUGUUUCAUUUCAAUGUCUUCUAAGAUUGUGUGACAAGAUAGAAACUCAAUUACCAUCUUAGUGUUUAACUUUAAUAAUGAAUACUGCUUUCAACCAAUGCAAGCUGUGCUCAUCUGUAACAAUGACUACUGUAUGUAUCUGCAAAUUCAACACAAAGAAGGAUACAAAUAAGGCUAAUGUAUACUAUAGGAGUAGCAUGUAUUAGUUUCUCUAAAUAUGCCUUUAUUUAUCAAUAUCAAAGCUGGAAACAAAAAACAUUGGAGCUCCUGGGCCAUCAGACGUUGAAUGAUCAGACAUCAUGGAGUCAAACUCUUUAGCACAGCUCACAUUGCAUUACCUGUAUAACGUUGUCUUUUACAGUAAUCUUUUACGGUCAAAUAUAUACAUGAAGUGCUGUUUUACAGUGGUACUUUUAUGGUGCAAUCUAUAGUUCGGUGUAAUAUGUGAGCUUAUUGUAUUCUACUUCUGUAUGAUCAAACAACUACAAAGAUAAAAUAAUACAUUAAACUCAA